AUGGCUAAGAACAGUAAAAUUUCACUAUUCUUGUGGCUGCUACUUAGAAGUACGCUGAUAGCGUCCCAAGCGAAAUGGAUGCACAAACCUACCAAUUCGGUCACAAUACGACAAAGUGCUCUUGGCCUGUGCGUGAAUCAUGCAAGUGGUAGUUUUGUGGAGCAUCCGACUGAUUGUCGGUUGUUCUAUUUGUGCCAGGAAAACGGGGAUGCCGUGCUGGCCUCGUGUCCAUCGAACAUGUUCUACAACAAGGUGAAUCGAAUUUGUGAUACGUCUGAAAAUGCUAAAUGCAGCAUUGGCAGCGACAUUGGCAGUGGCGGCAUCAGCAAACCGCCACUCGACAGCGACAAUGAGUUGAACAACAUGGUCACGGACGCGGCGACAUAUUGUGCCACAAUAACGCCACUGACGGGGGCCAAUGAUCGCAUCGUGUAUAUUGGCAGCUCGAGCAAAUGUAAUCAUUACUACAUUUGCUAUUAUGGACGGGCUAUACUGCAAGAGUGCAGUCGGGAGUUGCACUGGAAUGCUGUGACAGCCAAAUGUGAUUUACCAGAGCGCGCGCAAUGUACGCUCGAGGAAAAUAGGGCACAUUGCCCGGCCCAUGGACAGCAUCUUUAUCCGCAUAUGCAGCGUUGUGAGUUUUUCAUUUAUUGUGUCAAGGGUCAUGCCACGUUGCAACAGUGCCCGUUUUAUUACUAUUUCGAUAUGAUUACCAUGUCCUGCAAAUGGUCACGCACGGCGAGGUGUGUGCGUGAUUUGAAUUUUCCGCGUUAUUAG